AGUCCCUCUUUGACCCCCCUCGCCCCUCUGUGCGGUCCGCUGUGAGUUCAGCCCCUUCGACUGGAGACUCGGGUUUAUCUGGUACCAGGGAGGACUCCAUUCAGGUCCUGUACGCUGCACGUUAAGGGCCUCUCCGUGACGGGCGCAGGGGGGACUGUGGACCGGGUACCGGGGAUUUGACCGUGUUUCUUUGAAUCGGUUUCGUGAGGGCGAGCGGGAGCCAUGGCGAGGGUCUCCGCGCUCUGUGUGCUUGUGCUGUGCCAACUCCUGACGUGGUCAUCCGCACAGAGGCCUGGCCCCAGAGGAUCCCCUGGGCAGCCAGGACCCCCAGGACCUCCAGGAAAAGAUGGCACAGAUGGUAAACCGGGCCCUGCUGGUCUGCCAGGGAAAGCAGGACCCAAAGGAAAAGCUGGAAUUCCCGGAAAAGCAGGAAAACCGGGCUUGCCUGGACUACCCGGAGUGGAUGGAUUGACUGGUCCUGACGGUCCAGCUGGAAAAGACGGACCCGCAGGAGAAGCAGGUGAAGCAGGACCUCCUGGACCAGCCGGGCCUCCGGGCAGAGGGAGAGCGGGAGCCCCAGGUUUACCCGGAACUAAUGGCCUCCCAGGAGGAAUGGGACCACAGGGGUCAACUGGUCUCGAGGGGCUUCCUGGACUUCCCGGCCCACCUGGUCCUGAUGGUCCUCCUGGACUCCCAGGCACUCUUCAAGAUCUCAACGGUGACCUUCUUUGUCCAGCCAUAUGCCCCCCCGGCCCCCCCGGCCCACCCGGGAUGCCAGGAUUCAAGGGUCACACUGGACACAAAGGAGAUAAAGGAGAGGCUGGGAAGGAUGGAGAGAGGGGAGACGCUGGGCCUCCAGGGCCACCUGGUAUUCCAGGCACUGUGGGUCUGCAGGGCCCACGUGGUCUGAGGGGGCUGCAGGGGCCCAUGGGGGCCGUAGGAGACAGAGGCUUACCUGGCUUCAGAGGCAAACCUGGAGCUGCCGGCCUCAUUGGAAAAACAGGCGACGCUGGAGAGAAAGGACCACAAGGGUUUAGAGGACCGAAGGGAGAGAUGGGUAAAAUUGGCCCUAAAGGAGCGCCUGGAGGGGCUGGGCCUAAGGGGGAGCCUGGUAUUCCAGGAAGAGACGGCAAAGACGGCACACCGGGACUGGACGGAGAGAAGGGUGAUGCUGGACGACAUGGUGUAGUCGGAGAGAAAGGACCCACUGGACUUCCUGGGCUCCAGGGAAAGGCCGGCACAAAGGGAUCUAAAGGAGGAGUUGGAGACCCAGGGAAGACGGGUGAGACGGGGCCCUCUGGAGAGCCAGGUAUUCCUGGUGAUAUCGGGGUCCCAGGAGAGCGGGGAAUAGCAGGGCCUCGAGGAGUAGCUGGAGGAAUCGGGCCAAUCGGCAACGACGGGCCUCAAGGAAUCAAGGGUUUCCAGGGGAUGAAAGGCGCUCUGGGGGAUCCUGGUCUGCCCGGGCCGACGGGAAUCAGAGGAGAGUUUGGAGAAAGAGGUCCGGUCGGCGCUUCUGGGGCUAAAGGAGAUAUGGGUGUAGCAGGCAGUGAUGGUCUGCCAGGAGAGAAUGGAGAACCUGGUCCGUUUGGUCCAGUGGGUCAAAAGGGAGAAGCAGGGAAACGUGGAGAACUGGGGCCGAAGGGUGUGACAGGACCACAGGGUGAGCUCGGAGCCAGAGGAGCCCCAGGAAAACAAGGCCCAAUGGGCUUUCAAGGAGAACAGGGCAUGCCCGGAAUCGCAGGGAAGACUGGAGUCCCGGGUAAACUGGUGAGCGAGCAGCACAUCAGAGAGCUGUGCGGAGCCAUGAUUAAUGAUCAGAUCGCACAGCUGGCAGCUAACCUCCGACGACCCCUGGCUCCGGGACUGGUGGGUCGCCCUGGCCCCGCGGGGGCCCCUGGUGUCCCUGGUGUAGUUGGUUCUAUAGGACACCCAGGCGCCCGAGGGCCCCCCGGGUACAGGGGGCUUCCAGGAGAGCUGGGAGACCCUGGUCCAAGAGGUGACGUUGGUGAACAGGGUGACAAAGGGCCCAUCGGCAAAGCUAUCGAGGGUCCUGUCGGAGACCAGGGAUACCAAGGUCUCCCAGGAGUGCCUGGUAUUGUGAAGGACGGACGUGACGGGUCCCCGGGAGACCCCGGUGAGCCUGGAGAGUCAGGCAGAGUAGGAAGGACUGGGCACCAGGGACCCCCUGGAAUCUGUGACACAUCAGCCUGCCAAGGGGCAGCCCCUCAUGGGAAAUCUUCAAACCCCAAAAACCAUUAAACUUAGACCAGCGGAGUCCGGUCGCCCGAGCAAACAGAGGUGAUGGGACUGGAGGAAGGUGAACGAUGUCUAUG